AUGUUGUACGCUGAAACUCGUGACCGGGUUCCGGUACCACCCACUGCGUGGAAUCUGAGUCGCCGUCCAUCCACCGACGACGAACUAAUGACCUGCUCGACACCGGCACCGCCUAGCCUCGCCUCGAUUCGACUCGUGAAACGCCACGUGAAACCUAUCUUCGUCGUCGUCACUACGAAAGCGGAAACCAGUUCGAUUGAUUAUUUUCUUUGCCGUCCCGUGUGA